GCCGGGGGUCGGCACGGCACAUUUACCCGGGAGCUCACGGUGGGACAACUCCACACCACAGCGCGCUACACUCCGCUCCUGUCCAGUCCUCUGUCCACCACUGCGCUCGUGUCUCCUGGAUUUAACGGUCACGCAGCUGUCCGCGCGACUCGGAUAUCGACGGUCUCCGCUCGGGGUCCCGCGUGCUCCACGACCUUUCCACCUUUCCACGCGACACGCCGUUUUACACACUGAAAGGCAUCCGAUUUGAGCGGCUGACACCUGGAGACCCACUUUUUUCACACACCGAGGCUCUACUAGUCUUCCUCUCUUAUCUCUCUCUCUCUCUCUCUCUCUCUCUCUCUCACACACACACACACACACACACACACACACACACGCACACACUCACACACACAAGUAUAAACGUAAAUCCAUCUUCUUCCACACCAGCAUGGCGUGUGUUCUUGGUGUUUGGUGGUAAAACUUUAGAACGGCGCGGACACCGGGAGGAAGAGGAAGGACGGACUCUUCACGGACCCGCAUCUCCAAGGUCGCGAGGCUCUGGACAUCCCCCUGUCCACGAGGACUCUGUCCCACGGCCCCGGCAGCAUGCUGGAUGGAGUCAAGAUCGAGGACCACCUGAGGUCUGGCCAGGCCGCCCUGGGGGUCCUGCUCGGGUCGGAGUGCCACCCUCCCUCCGUGUGCGAGGGCUGCCACAGACCCAUCUCGGACCGCUUCCUGAUGCGCGUGAACGAGUCGUCGUGGCACGAGGAGUGCCUGCAGUGCGCCGCGUGCCAACAGCCGCUCAGCACGAGCUGCUACCUGCGGGACAGGAAGCUCUACUGCAAGCUGGACUACCAACAGCUGUUCGGCACCAAAUGCAGCGGCUGCCUGGAGAAGAUCGCGCCCACCGAGUUCGUCAUGCGGGCGCUGGAGUGCGUCUACCACCUGGGCUGCUUUUGCUGCUGCGUGUGCGAGCGGCAGCUUCGCAAAGGCGACGAGUUCGUGCUCAAGGAGGGCCAGCUGCUCUGCAAGAGUGACUACGAGAAGGAAAAGGAGCUGCUGAGCUCCAUCAGUCCCGACGACUCCGAGUCUGAGAAAAGCGAGGACGAGGACCUGGACGUGAAGCCAGAGAAGGGGUCCGGGGGGCAGGGCAAGGGUGGUGAUGACAGUAAGGACCCCCGAAGACCCAAGCGACCACGCACCAUCCUGACCACGCAGCAGCGACGUGCCUUCAAAGCCUCCUUCGAAGUAUCCUCCAAGCCCUGCAGGAAGGUGAGGGAGACCCUGGCUGCGGAGACGGGGCUCAGCGUUCGAGUGGUCCAGGUGUGGUUCCAGAACCAGAGGGCCAAGAUGAAGAAAUUGGCCCGCAGACAGCAGCAGCAACAGGAGCAACAGAACUCCCAACGGCUUGGUCAAGAGGUGAUCUCGAGCCGAAUGGAGGGCAUGAUGGGCUCAUACACGCCGCUGCCCCCUCCACAGCAGCCGCUGGUAGCUAUGGACCAGAACGGCUACAAUACGGACCCUUUCCAGCAGGGCCUAACCCCCCCACAGAUGCCCGGAGACCACAUGAACCCAUAUGGAAACGACUCUGUUUUCCACGACAUCGACAGCGACACGUCACUAACCAGCCUCAGUGACUGCUUCAUGGCGUCGUCGGAUGUUGGCUCCCUGCAGGCACGGGUGGGGAACCCAAUCGACCGCCUCUAUUCCAUGCAGAGUUCCUAUUUUGCCUCAUGAAAUGUGACGGGACAAGAAGAAAAUUAAAGAGCACACAAGCAAGAAGAUCUGUGACACACAGGAGACUCAAAACCAAGAUGAACGCCAACCCCUUUCGACGACACCUGGGCCGAGUGAUAUGAACCUCUCCGACCCACCUGAACCUGCAGACAUUUGCAAAAUGCAUUUUCCUCCAAUUAAAAUCCAAAAAACAGGACCAAGGGUCUAAAAAGCUAUACAUUUUUUUUUUUAAACAGUUGCACAUUUAAGUCAUUCUCAAGACAACGUCGAACAUCUUCAUCACAUACGUUGUGCAUCUGUAAUUUGACGGGUCUCCUGACACGGUGCCAAAGCGCACGACCUGCAUUGACACCUCAUGAACCCACAGACUGAAAAACAUUGAAAAACUGAGAAAAAGAAAAAAGAACUGUGAAAUCAAAUGCACAAGAAAUAGGUGUUUGGAAUUACAUAAUCUGCUUUACACUAUUUCUGCAUAACCAUAUUUGAUCAUUUCUACUUUUAACUCUAAUGAUGUAAAAUAUGGCGAGAGAAAUGGAGGGAGACUGUGUAAAAAGGUUGAAAAGGAACUGUGGUGGUUAUGUAGCGUCCUUUCACUGUAUAUAAUUGGAAAAAUCUCCAAAGCUACAUAGUGGAGCAUGUAGGAAUGGACUAUGUUCUAUUUAUUUAAUUAAAAAUGGACAC